UGUCCCAGAAGCCACGGAAACAUUUCAAAUUCACCGCAGUGGGUGUUGUAGUGCUGAAACGUCCACGGUGAAACUUGUGGUAUCAGCCAUUGAAACCAACGAGACGCAGUGACACUUGAGCGAGGCUUUUUGUUUUGUUUCUUGUGGGGAGGAGGGGGGGGGCGUUUGGUGAAAAGUUGGAUCCACGUUCAAUCCGGAAGUGUUACAGAAGCCAGGCAUGGAGGAACUAACGAUAUGGGAACAGCAUACAAUAACACUGAACAAAGAUUCCAAAUUGGGCUUCGGUUUUGCCCUAUCUGGAGGCAAGGACAACGGAGAUACAGCGGUGAUCGUGUCCGACGUGUUGCCCAAUGGACCGGCCAUGGGACGCCUGUUCAACAAAGACCAGAUUGUCAUGGUCAAUGGGGUCUCUAUGGAGAAUGUCCACUCCAACUUCACUAUUCAGACCCUCAAGACAUGCGGCAAGACUGCUAACAUUACAGUGAAACGUCCUCGCAAAAUCCAGAUCCCUGCCACGACCAGGCCAGCUCGGGCUGCCUCCCACUCCAACCUGUUGGACCAUGACCCGCCAAGAAGAACGCGACGCUACUCUGACGCCAGCGACAACAGAGAGGCCAGUCACUACCGCACACGGGCGCGCAGCUCUUCACCCGACCGCAAUGGCUAUGGAAGCACGGUGCCCUUGAUGUCUUCAGGGUACAAGAGGCUGCCGCACCACGAUGAUAAGCCGCUCAGAACAACUCUUGUUAAGAAGAAAAUCUCAGAUGAGUACGGCUUGAAGCUGGGCAGUCAAAUUUUCAUCAAGCACAUGACUGAAACGGGCCUGGCCGCAAAGGAAGGUACCCUGCAGGAGGGCGACCUCAUUCUGAAGAUCAACGGCAUGACCACAGAGAACCUCUCCCUGCUGGAGACCAAGCACCUGGUGGAGAAGAGCCGGGGCAAGCUGACCAUGACGGUGCUCCGCGACAGCCGCAAGUUCCUGGUCAGCAUCCCCGAGGUGGAGGACAGCGCCCCCAACAGCGAAGACGAGCGGUGGCGGAGGCGACACAGUAGCUCGGAGUUGGAGGACAUUUCUGACUUGGAUGAUCGCUCACCUCAUAGAACGUCCCGUCAUCCUCCCAGAGAGAAACGGACGCACAGACCCAGAGCAGAACUUCCACCGCCGGCGCUCAAGUCCAGAGAUUCUUCCCCCGUGCGCUCCACUUUGACACGAUCCCCUGCAAGAGGCUACGCAUCUCGCAGAGGCCCUUCUGACUCCGAGUCGGACCGCAGUACCUCACCGCCUCCCGCAAGGAUGGACAGUCUAGAACGGUCCGGCAAAUACAAAAGCCUGUCUGGUUUGUCUACACUACCCGAUCCUAGAUCUUCCCCCGCCGUCCACAACUGGUCCUCAUCCAGACCAGCAUCAUCAUCCUCGCGACCACGCAGGCGCGUGUCUGACUCGGACUCUGACCGGAGCGACUCGCCCCAUAGGCGACCAGACAGCAGAUAUAACCCCAGAGUUCUUCCUGCUGAUCUAUCUCACACUGGAGUGAGAGCUUCCCCCAUCUUGGUCCGACAGGAGCCCCCAAGGAGGGUCAACUCUCCCCUGAGAGUCCCAGCCCGAGACUCUGAGUCGGAAUCGGAAGGCAGCUCGGCGCCUCCUCGGAGGCAGAGCGCCACGCACAGUCAGGAUUCGUACAGCAGCAGCAGAUACAGAGCUAUGCCGGGCGUUUCCUCACGGCCAGAAACUGGGCGCCACAGUGCCUCCGGCAUCCCGGUGGGCGGUGCGCCACGCAGAGCACCAUCCGAGUCUGAUUCAGAGGCCAGUUAUGAGUCAGUCCCUCGCAGGCACUCAACUGACAGCGAGAGGUCAGACAAAGCCAGAAACAGAUACAGACCCCUUCCAGAGCUCAAGCCUUCUUCGGUUCAUGUGAAUCCAAAGCCGCCCCGCCAAAACUCUCUGCCUGUUGACCCGCCUUCUGAUGAUUCCUCAGAGUCCGACGACCUGUCACACCUGCGGAGGUCGGGGAGCUCGGACCGUGAAGAUAGCAGACACCAGUACGACCGUUCCAACAAAAAAGCAGAGGGGGGGGACAGCAAACCAUUUGCUCCAGAUGUUGCUCACAACAGCGGCACUUUGAGGUCUGGGAUCUCUGUGAGGAACGAGUAUCCAGUCAGCUCAGCUGCUCCAGCCAAGCCUGUAGAAGAGCCCAUUUACUCCUUACCUCCAGACUCUUACCCGACAUCCCACCCAGGGUACAGCUCCAAUUUGCACGAGGUGUCGUUCGUCAAGGAAGGCAGUGUGGGCCUGAGGCUGGUUGGCGGCAACGACGUGGGCAUCUUCGUGGGAGGGGUGCAGCCCAACAGCCCAGCCUAUGAGCGGGGGAUGAAAGAAGGCGACCAGAUCUUGAAGGUCAAUAACGUCGACUUUGGGCAUUUCACUCGGGAGGAAGCAGCAAAUUUCCUGCUGAACAUCAAGAGGGGAGAGAAGGUGGACAUCCGCACUCAGAACAAGAUGGACAUCUAUAAAAAAAUCCUCAAGUCCAACCUGGGAGACAACUUCUACAUCCGCACGCAUUACGACCACGAGACGGAUCACCCCAUUGGGCUGAACUUCACGCGAGGAGAGGUGUUCCGGGUGGUGGACACCAUGCACCGCGGGAAGCUGGGCAACUGGCUGGCCAUCCGCAUGGGCAACGACCUGCACGAAUUGGAUAAAGGCACCAUUCCCAACCAGACCAGGGCCGAGGUGCUUGCAAGCCAAGAGCAGGCGCAGAGAACGACCGGCGAGAGGCCUGUGUCGGGGCCCAGGGCUGAGUUCUGGAAACUACGAGGCCUCAGAGGGAACAAAAAGAACGAGAAGAACAUACGACGCUCACGGGACGACCUCCUGCAGCUCACCAUCCAGGGCAAAUUCCCGGCCUACGAGAGGGUCCUGCUCAGAGAAGCUAAUUUCAAGCGGCCCAUUGUAAUUAUGGGUCCUCUUAAUGAUAUCGCUAUGGACAAGCUGGCCAGAGAGAUCCCUGAUGAAUAUGAAGUGGCUGAGAUGGUUCCUCGCGGUGGGGGCGCUGACAGCGCCUCAACGGUUAUCAAAUUGGACACCGUGAGGAAGAUAGCCGAGAAGGACAAGCACCCUCUGCUGGACAUCACGCCCACUGCUGUGGAGAGGCUCAACUACAUCCAGUACCACCCCAUGGUGAUCUUCUUGGACCCGCACAGUCGCAAGGAUGUCAAGGUCAUGAGGCAGCGGUACAGCCCGGACUCGAACAAGAGCUCCAGGCGUCUCUACUCGCAGGCUCUCAAGCUGAGGAAAGACUGCAGCCAUCUUUUCUCAGCGCGUGUUGACCUGCAGCCUGGCUCCAAUAUUUGGUACCAGGUUCUAAAGGACAAGAUUCGCCACCAACAGUCCAAACCAGUCUGGGUGUCUGAAGUCACGUUGGAGAGCGGAGGAGAGCAGGACCUGGACGCACUGGAUCAAACUCAGUCAGACUACCUCAGCGCCGCCAGUGAAAUGGAGGACACUGACGGAGAGGCCUUCACAGAUGGCGAGGCCUAUACGGACAAUGAGGACCUGGAGGAGGCAUACCCGGGUCAAAACGCAGCCAGGGCCUCCGGAGUCGCACUAGCUCGCUCGUCCGAGCCAGCCUGGGGACACCGUAGCCCCAACGAAGAGAGGGAAUCCGAGACUUACGCCGAGGUGUACCGGCCCAGCAGAGAAAUCCCCCCUCUGAUGCACGUCCCGGAACCGUCCACCAUCCGCCGACAGAGUCGCAGCCCGCCUCUCCAUCACCCAGAUGAGUCUUUUGACCGCAGUUUUUCCGACUCUGAUUUCAACCACCUCGACGCGGUCUCACCCACUACUCCGUCGGACGGACCCCCGGAUUUUAUCGCCCCCGACCCGUCCGCGCGGCACUCUUUGACCGAGCCGUCGUAUGCGGGUGAACGGCCGGAGAGCCCCCAGCAAGCAAGUCUGUCUGCUAUUGAGGAUAAGUUACAGGAGGUCCGAAAGGCAGAACCACAGACGCACACGGAGGAAAAGAAGCCCCUUCAGUUCAUUGUAGUGGCACAUCACCAAGCAGUUCAGGUCCGACGCACACAGAUACGAGGGGGCAGCAAAAGCUCCGAGGAAGACGAAGAGGAUGAAGACGACGCGGAGGACAUCGAAUGGGGUCCAGCCACGGAACUGUAGACCAAGUGUCCAAGAUUUGAGUGUAGCGAUCAAAGAAAAUGACAAGAUUUUUUUUUUUUCCUGUAUCACUUUUCCCCCCAAUACAAACUAGUAUAGAUUUUAACAUAUGAUUGGGAAUGUUCUCUUUAAAUUUUAUUUUUUUUAUUUUUAAAGACUCGCAAAGCUGUUUUUCUGGGAUCAGAUUAUUUUUUUAUAGACUUGUGCCCCAGCAACUGAUCACAAAUAAAACCUUUUCGUUUAAAAAAAAACAAACUUAUAAACGCUCCCAAUAUAUAAUGUUUGAACGUAGCAUCAAUUCUCAUAAAUUUUGCAUCAGUUUUUACCAUGCAGGUGUACCUAAUGGUGCAGCCAGGAAGGAUAGAACUCAUUCUCUGUAAGACUGAACUUUACGGUGACGCAUACUGUAUGUACUAAUUGACUUUAACAUCUUUUUUCUUAUUUCAUUUACCAUGACUAUUAAAAUUAUUAUGGUUUUUGUUUUUAUAUAAAUAUAUUUUGUAAUUUGGGAUGUGUGCGAGCUGAAUCAUAUUAAAGGACAAGGAACCAUAUUUUGGAACUUAAAUGCAGUAAUUCCC